GGUUUUUAGUAUCCCUGCGCGUGCGCGGGUGACACUCUCAAAAUCACGCGGUGGCGGCUUUCAUCCUCCAAGCUUCACCCCCACCCCCACAACCAUAAAUUAGAACUACGGCGUCCUUUGCACUAGGCAUAGCUCGACUCGACUUUUCUCUUUGUUGGAUUAGCAAAUUGAUUUCUUUCCACUGCUGUUUUCAUUGAAGAGCUGAAAUCAUGGUGGUGGGAACAGGGAGUAAGGCGUUUCUGGUAGUUUCAUUUCUUCCCCUAUCAUGGCUUGAAUCCUGUUUUUCAUGCAAACAACACAUUUCCUGUUUCUCAUGGUCAUGUUUGGUUGAGCAAGAUUCAAGCUACACCUUUUUUUUCAAUAGCCUUUCUUUUUUUUUUACUAAGAUUUUCACUCAACUAUUUUUUAUGUGUGCCUAACCAAUUUAAACAAUUUAGAAACUGAAAAAAAGGGUGACUCUGAAAUGGCCAAGAUUGGUCGCCAGGCUAAGAGCAGAACUGAAUCGUGCAGGAGAGUGUCUGGAGAAACAGAAAGCAAAGGUGAGACGGAAAGAAAUCAAAUGUGCUAAAAGGAGAAAGAGGAAUGAAUUCUUCUGGAAGGAAGAUGCAUGCAUCCGACAUGGUAUUGAUCUUACCCUUGGUAUCCUAGAUGCAGAAGAUGAGGGUGACUUUGUCAGAGCUGAUCAUCUUAGGCAGUCUAGGAGGUUGGGUUCAUUAAAACAAAUUCAAGUUCUUAUAUUUAUGCGUUUCAUAUAUUAAGUUUCCUUUUUGGAUCAGCAAGUGAGACAUAACUUUCUCUUUUUCUUUUGCUAGUGAGUUGGUGGCCAAGCACAUGGAAGAAACACAAGAUUUCUUGAAUGGUGCACUCAACUGAAACUUGGACCAAACAGUCAGCCCUGCAUAUGUUGUUUCCCUGCCAAGUUUGUGUGUUAUGUAAUGUAAUGGCAAUGUUUGACUUCUAUGUUCUAAUCUCUGUUUCAAGUCAGUUUAUGUGGAUCAUUGUUGUCUAUGUUUGCUACUUGCUUUGCAAAUAAAGAUGGCUGUUUGCU